CACUACGUAAAAAAACAGUCGCCAAAUCAACUUCAACUUCAACCUUGUCUGUAAUAUUAUUUUUACUAAAAAUAUGCAACAAUCUGAUACACCGUGUACAAAUAAUUAAAUAGUGACUAUUUUUCCAGUUUAUUGCUGGGUGAAAGAUAACUAAUGAGUAAUGUAGGUAUAGUGAAAUGUAGAUAAAUUAAAAAAAAACGUCGAUAUAUACCUAUGUAGUGUGUUAUGAAAAAAAUACCAUUGAAGACAUCAAUGAAGAACAACAGACAAAUUUGAGUUAUACCUCUAGUUGUAACAUGUCAGAUUUAUCCAAACAAUGAGCGCACCAAGUGGAUGUGUGAGCUGCCAAGAUGGAUCUCAGUCAGAUGCCAAACAUGAUGUUGACUGCUCAGAAGGAGAGGAUGCUCAAAUUCGGUUGGCACCUCAUGUACAGGCAUACUUGGCACACAACAAACCUACCACCAACUGUUGUGGACUUAAAUUACCAAUUGCCUUUGAGAGGGCUGCUGCUGGCACAUGGUGGAACCCUAGGUUUGAUUCGGAGAUACUUGAAAGCCAAUAUAGAAGUAGUUCCUUUAGACAAAUAAGAUUAAGAUUUAGAUUUGCACUUUUAUACAUUUUGAUAUUUUCUAUAUCAUGGUUUGUCUACUUUGUGGGCCUUGGCUUGAAUGGUGUAACAGUCAAAUGGCCAUUUUUAUGUUCCAUGUUUGGUGGAGUACUAUUGAUAACUUCUGUCAUGUUGUUUGUUACAUUUACAAAUAUCUACAAAGUGUACACUUUCAAAUUAUCCCUUGUAAUGGCACUUGCUCUGUGUACACUCAGCCUCUCACUAGUGUCACUGACCACCCAGUUAGAUCUAGACUCCUCACAGGCAGCUGACAUCAGCCAGUCUGGCCACUUCACCAUGAGCAUUGAAAUCCUGCUGAUCAUAUAUACACUGACACCAUUGCCACUGUUUGCCUGUGUUAUUAUUGGACUUCUGUAUUCUGUGGCUUUUGAAGUUCUCAAUAUAUUCUUGCAUUUGACUGAGCAACAAUGGCAGGGUCCUGGAAUGUUUGUGAGAGUGUUACUACAGCUUUGUGUGCACAUAAUAGGAGUUCAUAUUUAUCUCAUGACUUUUGUGAGAAUGCGGGGCACUUUCAUGAAAGUAGGCCAAAGUUUGCUAGUGAGGAAACAGCUGGAAAUGGAGAAGCAGUUAAAAGAAACGAUGAUACAUUCAAUGAUGCCUCCCAAAAUAGCCAGUAGCCUGAUGGAGGAGCAGGUUUUGGAAUCUGUUAUAAAUCUACGUCCACAUGAUCCUCUUAGUCCAAGAAAAUCAAAUCCAGAUAUAAAAUCAUUAUUCCGACCUUUCACAAUGAAUUCUAUGGAUAAUGUUAGUAUAUUAUUCGCUGAUAUUGUGGGAUUUACAAAAAUGUCCAGUAAUAAAGGUGCUGAAGAAUUAGUGAAUAUAUUAAAUGAUUUAUUUGAAAAAUUUGAUAAGCUAUGUACAAAUCAUGGAUGUGAAAAAAUUUCUACUCUAGGCGAUUGUUAUUACUGUGUAUCUGGUUGUCCUGAGCCCAGGCCAGAUCAUGCCACUUGCUGUGUUGAAAUGGGACUAGGUAUGAUUGAUGCAAUACAAGAAUUUGACAGAGAGAGAGAUGAAGGCAUCAACAUGAGAGUUGGCGUCCACACUGGAACUGUUCUCUGUGGGCUUGUAGGAACACGUAGAUUUAAGUUCGAUGUAUGGAGUAACGAUGUGACUUUCGCAAACAAAAUGGAAUCGACAGGGAAACCAGGCCGCGUUCACAUAUCUGAGGAGACCAGUCGAUUUCUUGGAGGUUCCUAUAUUUUGGAAGAAGGCGAGGAAGUUUUUGGUCACAAAACCUACUUCAUUGAAGGCCGCCAGCUGUAUUCCCCGUACGACUGUGAUCAUACGCUCACACCUUCGAAUCCAAUUAACCUGCGCCUCAUUAUAUCUCCCGCAGCAUCGCCCCAAUCUGUCCUUUCCUUCAAUCAUUCCCCUACUCCAUUAUCGUCCCGAGACAACCACUUGAAAGACGAGAAGGUCAAUCCGCACAUCGCGGAAUCCAGCAACUUUUUGUCUCCGAGCCCCUUCAACUUCCGUGCGAAAGCUAGUUCCCUGCCUAGUAUAUUGGAUUCCGACGCAGAGUUAGAAGAAAAGAGAGAGAAGGGUUUUCCUGAGAGGACGGACGGGUCAUCAAAAAGCCCGACUUCUGUUGGGAGCUACGGCAAGUACACGAAUAAGCUGAGGAAUUGGAAAGUGCCAAGAUUUCUGAGAAAACAUUCGGACACCCCUUUGCACGAAAUCAAGAAAGAGUUGAACGAUAAGGGCAUUCACCUUUUAGAACGUGGCGAUGACGGCGCGCUAUCCAACAAUGGUUAUCAGCAAGUGCCUAUAGUGAUAGAAUCCCAGGACAAUAAAGCUGGUAGGCCGAUACAGAGUAGCAGUAAGCUGAAUUUGCCACAGAACAACGAAGUUGCGUCAUUCGAACGGGAAAUCAUCGAUAUUCGGUCGUAUUUGAGCCAGUCUAGAAGCAACAUGUCGCCCUUCGCUAGAAGCAGCAGCUACCGAUCACAGUAUGGCAGACAACACAAUAUAGAGGUGCCCGUGCUCCGCGCGCGCAGCUCCACCAUCACAGCCCAGGGCGAGGUCCGCGCCGAGCGCAAGCUGACGCUGCCGCUGCCGGCGCCGGUCGCGCGCGCGCUCGACGACGCCGUCAGCCUCUGCCCCUCCGUCAACAGCCGCAAGGACUCCGGCAUCAGGAGCACCAGUCGCCGCUCCAGCAUCCAGCAGCAGAUAUAUGCACUGAACCAUGUGGCGCUGGCGGCCUCACAGACUGACAUCAUGCAACACAGGGUAUCCGGCUAUUACACCUCCAGUCAAUCCUCCCUCGAAGUCACCGCCAGAUGUCGCUUACCUGCUCCUCUUAAUGAACAGCAAGUGCAAUCCCUGCAGAAGCUUCGCAAGCAAUCCGAUCUUUUGUUGAUCAAAAGCGUGCAAGACAAUGCGAGGUCAGGAAUCAACUACUUCGUUCAACCCCCCCUCAACAGGUUCACUCUAUUCUUCAAGUCCCCGGAAAUGGAGAAACAUUACAGAGACAAAGCUCACAGAAGCGACGACUGUGAGGACUUCCCCCCCACGCUCACGACUUCAAGAUUCAAUACGGCGUUGGACAUGAUCGUUUCCCUCAUCAUUUUCUCCGCAGUCACCGCCUCCAUAUUUAUACUCUACAAAGAAUGGCAACAUUCGAUUGCUUCGUUGAUAUUUCUUAUUCUAAUUAAAUUAUUGGCCAUGUCCCUUUGCAUUUAUAGACAUAUUUUAAAAUGGGAAACACAAAACGACCCGUUACUCGUCACGUACACAUUGAGAAAAUCAGUCAAAAUAUUUAGAGCAUUAUCCGACUGGAUUCCUUGGCAUUUGUCGGGCAGCUUGCUUAUUAGUCUGCCAAUAAUGGCCAUUCUCAUAAAUUUCUCUUGCCAAAAUACGACUGGCGUCAUUCUCAAAGGCGAACAGUCAUUCUACGUGUACCUUUUAUGUUUAAGUAUAGUGCAUUUUUGUAAUUUCACCCAGAUGUGUUGGCUCGUAAAAAACGGUCUUGUUACUUUUUACGCUGCGUUAUUCCUGUUUCUCGCCGUGUUCGGCUGCCGUGAGGCGAAUACUCAAAUAACAGACGGUGAUAUUAUUACCCCACAAGUGGUUGCUCACAACAUGACGGCUGAUUUCGUAAGCAAUAUGACAGGUGUACUGUCACGUUCUGUUACCAAUGUCACGUUUGAUAUUGAUAACAGUACGCGCUAUCACGGCAUCAAUCAUAAGUUACAUUUGACAGAGUUGUACAUAGAUGUCGCUUUGUUGCUAAUGCUGGUUUGGUUUCUCAAUAGGGAGUUUGAAAUAAGUUACCGGUUAAGUUUCUACAGCAAUGUUGUAGCGAAUAGAGAUAAACAGAGAGUACAGAAUAUGAGAAAUCAGGCUGAUUUGUUGCUCUACAACAUUAUACCUCAGCACGUGGCAGACCAGCUGAAAAACACGGCGAAGUAUUCCGAGAACCAUAAAGAUGUGGGAAUAAUUUUUGCUAGUAUAGUAAACUUUACUGAAAUGUACGACGAGUCUUAUAAGAAAGGGUACGAGUACCUAAGGGUACUGAAUGAACUGAUUGCCGAUUUUGAUGAGUUGUUGGAGAGGCCAGAGUUUCAGCACGUGGAGAAAAUAAAGACUAUAGGCAGCACUUUCAUGGCGGCUAGCGGGCUCAACCCCGACCUGAGGCACGCCUCGCGCGGUACUUACGACCACCUUUACCAGUUGAUGGACUUCGCGUUGGAAAUGCAGAAAGUUGUGGAUAAUUUCAACCAAGAUUUGUUCAAUUUCGAUUUAAUUCUUAGAAUCGGAUACAAUUUUGGAGAUGUGACCGCGGGAGUCAUAGGGACUAGCAAGUUGUAUUACGAUAUAUGGGGAGACGCGGUGAAUAUCGCAUCUAGAAUGGAUUCCACCGGGGUGUUGAAGCGGAUCCAGGUGGGCGAGGCGUGUCUGCCGGUGCUGUCCAGCCGCUACGAGUUCGAGCCGCGCGGCCGCGUCUACGUCAAAGGCAAGGACGACAUGAACGUGUAUCUGGUGGUAGGCAAACACGCAGAUAGCUAAAACAUAUUUAACGUAGAAUCUGUGAUUAUAUUUUAUAUACUAAAUAAUGUAAAAAUAUGUAAUUUUUAUUUAUUGUGUGCAGUGACUAUAAAGUGUAUAAGUUUCAGAAAUACUCCGAGUAUUUUAAGUUUAUUUAUUUUUGUUAUUUUUUUUAGUUUAGAUUACGCUUAGGCAGUGUGAGUAUGAAUAUUGAAAAUGAUUUAUUGUGGAAGUGCUAAAAUCUCCUUGCCUAAAUAUUUAUAAUAAAAAAUCUGUGACCAGUGCUCUAGUCUCUACAAUGGGUGAUUAAAUUUUUCAUUAAAAAGUUUAAUUUGAUUAAGCAUGAAAAAUACUAACAGGUAAUAAUAUAAUUAUUAAAGUAAUUAAUUUCGAAUAUACUUAGGUAUAUAGGUAGCUGUGUUAAGGGAAUCGUGUGAAUUGUGUCGUCCCCUUUUUUGUAAAUUGGGAUAAAUUGUAUAUCUUUAUUAAAUUAGGCAAAAAUAUAUUUUGUAUAUAAACACCCGGUUGGGAUAGAAAAUAUUAUUUUGUAUUUAAAAGAAAAUACAUGUUAACGAAAUAAAUGGUUCUAUAAAUUGAUGAAAGUAGAUAUUUACGUAGUGCAUUGUGUAGCGAAUAUAUCGAGUAGGAGGUCAUUUUGCUUAAAAUCGUUAUCGUAGGUCAGCAUAAAAGUAAAGCUAUGUAGUGCAACAUUAAAGAAUGUCAUAGUGCACAGUACAAUUAUGAUAAUAAUUGUAAUAUAUUUACAUCUACAUAUUUACGAUAUAUAUUAUAACAAUGAUGAAUAUUUUCCUAGUCUCUUUCUUAUAUUGCUGAAAUAUAAGGUGAAUCUACAAAUCACUACAAGCGCUUUGUUCCUACGAUGACAGAUACGUCCACAUAUUUCCCAUACUUUUUCUAUACCUCGUAAUUUGUGUAGCAAAUUGAUAGAACUAGCACAAUAUAACAAAAAGUAGAUUACAAACACUAGGCUUACUAUAUAAUAAUAUUAUCUCAAAUUCAAACUUUAUAUUCUAAAUAGUAGAAUAAAAUUAGUAUGAAGAUUAUUGUAAUUAUUCACACAGAGCGUUCGCGCGGGUUUUGCGACAUGGCAAUCUUUGUAUUGAAAUUAUAUGGAUUUGCUAUAAUUUAUAUCGGCGAUAUUUCUUUUUACACAUAACCUCGCGCGCGCUCUAUGUGAACAGAGAUUAAAAAUUCCCUGUGGAAUAUUGUCUAGUGGUGAUUCUUCAAACUUAUGAUAAAAGCCUUAAUUACUAUACAUUCCACUUGUAUUUAAAACUAUUUGCCUUCAAAAUGUCUAUUUUAUAUUUAUAAUUAUGGCCGAUUUUGAAAUGAUAAAAUCGAUAUGAAUUUUUACAGAUUGAUGGACCAAAAACUGGAAUGUGUAUUGUAUAGACAGAAUAUAGCUCUCUGAAAUUUACCAUUUUUUCUUAUUAUCUAUACAGUGUACAUACGUAUUGUAAAACGAACAUUGUGAUAAAAUAUAAUGGAUUGCAAUUUUCAUAAACCAAUGUUGUAUUCGAUAAACUGACUGAGAAUAAAAGUCAUGAACUUGUAAUUUUAUUUAUUCGAAACAAAUUUAUUUUAACGAGUUUUGCAUUGAAUAUAUUCACUUCUACAAUGUUCUAAUUGAUAGUGAUUUGAUGUUAAACGUAUAUGUAUGCAAACGGCGGUCGAGUCAUAUUCUAAAAAACAAAAGCGAUAAGCGUUAUCGAAUCUCUAAUAGUUAUGAAGUUAGACUUUUGAAUAUAAUGUACUGUUAUCAUUCGAUCUAAUUUGCUCCAAGUUCAAGUGUAUUCCGCAGCUGUGUUAAAAUAUAAAACUUUGUAUAUCCCUUUUCUGAGUUAAUAUAUUACAACAUAGAGCUGCCUGAAAGAAAUAGCUAACUGCGAUACCGCCGCCCUUUAGCGUUAUCUAAAGUUUAUUGCAUUUUUUGUGCAAUAUAGGGCUUUGUUAUAGAUGGGCCUUCGAACGCGUGGAGACAUUCUAUAUAUAUUAUAUUGUCUAUUUUGUGUAAGACUUUCCGCUGGCAAUGAAAAAGUGUAUGAAAUGAUUAUUCCUACAUGUCCCUUUGCGAACUUUGGCGGUUUCGAUUUGCAUUGAUGGCUUUCCAUGCGGUUAAAAGAUCACAAAAAAGGCCCUAAGAUGUAAGUUAAUUUGCGUCUGCGUCUGCCAGGGUUCGCCAAUAGUGAAUAGGAGUAAUUACAAAAUUCAAUUUUGUUCAAAAUUAAGGAGUAAUUCAAUUUAGUCAAUCGACCAAAUCAUUAUCGUGUCAGAAUAUCCAAUUGUCCAAUGGAUUCACUGGUUUCGAUGUCAACCGAGACGUAAAUUGACCAAGUUUUAAGAGCUUGUACAUUUUCUUGCCUUGUAAUUUCAUAAAUCUUGAUUUUGUUACAUUACAAUGAACGAAGUGUAGCCGAUGAGUGUAGUUUGUUAUGUAUAUCUUGAACUAAUAACAGUGUCAUAAGAUUUUUGCCCGAGACACAUAUUGUGCGAAUUCGACCGAAUUCCGCCUCAACACUUUUGCGGCGGCUCGACAUGAAACAAUGAAGUUUAAUUUAAAACUGCUACUGCAGUCGUGCGACCACGAACGUGUAAGUCUAUUGCCAAAAGCCGAAGUUAAUAGUAUGAAAUAUUAUUAUGAAUUAUAAAAAAUAUAUUUAUAUCCAGUGAAAAGUUGUAAAUAAGCUACGAAAUGUUAACCGAGGCUGCCAUCCUAUGUAUUGAGUGUAUUUUGUGUAAUGUCCUAUGCUCCGCUCAAAUGAUGUCUCUUGCUUUAGUUUUUGACGAUUACGACGAUUUGAAAUAUAAAACAAUUUCUUGA